GCCAAUGGUUUAUUGAACUGUCAAUCAAGCCCGUUCAGACGCAGUAGCUAGUAGUUGACUGAUAUAGUGAGAGCAGCGCGCUGUAGGAGCGAGUGGAUGUAUGUGUGUGACUUUCAUCUCAUCUUCUGGACGUCUUGCGGAGAAAGGAAUCCCUUUGAAUGGCUGGAUUUUUGUGGAUAAUGAUGCAUAUAUGUGUUUUCUUUUUUUAAUCAUGUCGUAUUAACUUCAUAGGAGUCAUGCAUAACUAUUUUGGAGCUUGUUUCUCAGUAGUGUUCUUAAUUUUGACGUUUUGGACUGAGGUGUGCCAGUCGUCGGGUUAUUUGGAGCUCCAGUUGAUCAGCGUGGAGAAUGACAGGGGUGAGCUCGCGAGUGGAAACUGCUGUGACGGCGCACGGAGCGCGCAAAACGGUUUGUGCGACCAGGACGAAUGUGACACGUACUUGAGAGUGUGUCUAAAGGAAUACCAAGUGGAGGUCACCACUUCUGGCUUUUGUACGUACGGCACUGGAAGCUCGAGCGUGAUCGGAGGGAAUACGUUUCAGUUGAAAGGAUUCAAUGGAAACCCAAACAAGGCCAAUGACCUCGGGACCGUUAUCAUCCCCUUUCAGUUCGCCUGGCCGCGAGCAUACACUCUGAUCGUGGAGGCUUGGGACUGGGACAACCAAACGAUCCCAGACAGCAGUGAUGAUCUGUUGAUCGAAAGGAGUGUUAAUCGUGGAGAAAUGAACCCCGGAGAGGAGCGACAACCCAUUCAGCACAAGGGCCGAACAGCCAGCAUCCAGUACAGUGUGCGUGUGCGCUGUGACCGCCAUUACUACGGCAACAAGUGCAACAAACAGUGUCGCCCCCGAGAUGAUUACUUUGGCCAUUACACAUGCGAUCAGUUUGGCAAUCAGCAGUGCAUGGAGGGCUGGACUGGGCAAGACUGCAAAAAAGCUAUCUGUAAGCAAGGCUGCAGUGAGCUUCACGGAAUCUGUGACGCUCCGGGAGAAUGUGUGUGUAAGUACGGCUGGCAGGGCCUACUGUGUGAUGAGUGUUUGCCGUACCCGGGCUGUGUGCAUGGCACCUGCGUGAAACCCUGGACCUGCACCUGUGAGAAGAACUGGGGAGGACUUCUGUGUGACAAAGAUUUAAAUUACUGCGGCACACACAAGCCCUGUGUAAAUGGAGGCACGUGUCUGAAUACAGAGCCAGAUGAAUAUUUCUGUUCCUGUCCUGAGGGUUACUCUGGCAAAAACUGUCAUAUCGCCGAGCAUGCGUGCAUGUCAAACCCAUGUGCAAAUGGCGGGACAUGUCAUGAGCUGGCUUCAGGGUUUGAGUGCCAAUGUCCCCCAGGGUGGGACGGCCCAACUUGUGCUAAAGACAAAGAUGAGUGCUCGUCAAACCCGUGCGCUCAUGGGGGGACCUGCUUUGAUCUGGAAAACGGCUUCGAAUGUUUAUGCCUCCCACAGUGGACCAGCAAGACCUGUAAGAUAGAUGUGAAUGAGUGUACGAGGAGACCUUGUCUAAAUGCUUAUGCUUGUAAAAAUCUAAUUGGUGGAUAUCAUUGCAACUGCUACCCGGGCUGGGCGGGACCGAACUGUAAUAUCAAUGUCAACAGCUGUUACGGUCAGUGUCAGAAUGGAGGAACCUGUCAGGAUGGUCGUCAUGGUUACGUGUGCCAGUGCCAGCCGGGCUUCAUGGGAAGAAACUGCGAAGUGCAGCAAAGCAGGUGUGCUAGCUCCCCUUGCCAGAAUGGUGGACGCUGCCGUUCACUAGCCACAGGUUAUGAGUGUGAGUGUCUGUACGGAUACACCGGAACCAACUGUGAGGUGCAGGUGGAUCUGUGCAGUCCAAACCCAUGUCAGAAUAAAGGCCAGUGUCAUUCUAUGCAGGGAGAUUUUUACUGUGCCUGCGCAGAUGAAUAUGAAGGGAAGACAUGUAGUCAGCUACGAGACCACUGCAAAACCAGCACCUGCCAAGUGAUUGACAGUUGUACUAUUGCCGUGACAACCAAUGGCACAGCAAAAGCGGUUCGGCACAUCUUAUCAAAUGUGUGUGGUCCUCACGGGCGCUGCAUCAGUCAGUCAGGAGGAAACUUCACUUGUUCCUGCCACCCAGGAUUCACUGGGACAUACUGUCAUGAGAAUGUAAAUGACUGUGCAUCAUCUCCUUGUCAGAGCGGAGGAACAUGCAUAGAUGACAUCGACUCCUUUCACUGUGUCUGUCCCGCUGGCUUUAAUGGGCAACUCUGUGAGCUGGAGGUGAAUGAGUGUAGCGGUGAGCCUUGUCUAAAUGGAGGUAUGUGCACUGAUCUGCUGAACGAUUUCUUCUGUCGCUGCACUGACAAUUGGAAAGGAAAGACGUGUAACUCACGAGACAGUCAGUGUGAUUCCAGUACAUGCGCUAACGGAGGUACAUGCUAUGAUCAUGGAGACUCAUUCCGAUGUGCGUGUCCCUCUGGAUGGGGUGGCAGUACCUGUAACACAGCCAUGAACAGCUCGUGUGAAUCUGGUCCAUGUCUAAAUGGCGGGACUUGUAUUGGAGGGGGCAGCGUCUUCACCUGCAUCUGUAAAGAUGGAUGGGAGGGGCCUACCUGUGCUCAAGAUGUUGAUGACUGCAACCCUCAUCCAUGUUAUAAUGGGGGACAGUGUGUGGAUGGGGUCAACUGGUUUCGCUGUGAGUGCGCACAUGGAUUUGCAGGACCUGACUGUCGAAUCAACAUAGAUGAGUGUCAGUCCUCUCCCUGUUCGUAUGGAGCCACAUGUGUGGAUGAGAUUAAUGGAUAUCGCUGUCUUUGCCCCAUGGGACGAGCUGGACCGCGCUGCCAGGAGUUUAUUGGUGUUGGAAAGGCAUGCGAUCGCUCUGGGGUUCAGGCUAAUCACGGUGAUCGCUGGGAGGAUGGCUGCAACAGCUGUCAGUGCAUGAACGGAAACAUCAGGUGCACUAAAGUGCAUUGUGGUCUUCAGCCCUGCUUGUUGCAGUCAGACUCUGGUGAGCCACAGCGCCCCCUAUGUCCACUUGGACAGGAGUGUGUAGAGCAUCAUUUCCUGUCUUGUCUUCGUCCACCAUGCAAUCAUCUGGGUAUAUGCGCCACUCAUGAAGGUCUACAGCCCAUCGGCACUCAGUGCCUACCCAACAACGGCUACCUAGACGACAAAUGUGCUCGUGUUUCGCUUGUAUUUGACUCUGACACUGUCCCGCAGGGCACUACUGCUGAAGGAGUCUGCACAGAGCUAACGUAUCUGCCAAUCACACGAACUCUGGCCAAAGACCACACCCUUUCCAUUCUUUGCGACCAAUCACCUUCCAGCCAAAAUGCAGUGGUGGUUGCUAUGUCAUAUGAGCAAAACACCUUUGUUGAGGGACGAGCUCAGAUACAGGAUGUUGUCCGCUCCAUCAUUGAUGUUCUGUCCAAACCUCACAACAGCACGUUGCUGUUGGCUGUGAGAGAGGUCAGAGUUGACACUCAGGAUCCACAUCCCCAAGUCGGUUACCUCAUUCCGUUGCUGUGUGUGCUGUUUGUGGUAUUAUGGAUCUCAUGUGUCAUCGUCUGCGUCUGGUGGUUCAGGAGACGCUGGAAAGCGAGACAAAGAGAGGACACACAAACAGAGGAGAGCAUCAACAACCAGCGCGGGACACUACUGAGCACUCACACGCCUUACAAAGACAACACAGACCCGCUGCAGGAGAACAAGAACCUGCUUUACCCUCUGGAUCGGGUUGGAGACGGUGCCGAGCGAGAGGAAGAGGAGGAAGAAGGAGAUGAAGAGAGCGACAGAGGGCUGGUUCUGCAUAAGUGCUCAUCUCUUGCGUACACUAAAGGGGACGCGGUGUAUACUAUUCACACUACAGCCCAAAAUCAGCCAAACAGGACACACUACAGCAGCAAAGACAAUCGCUGCAAGAACAAUGUGAAUGAGAGUGUAAGCGAGCACAUGAAAGAUCAUUACGUAUGAAAGUACCAGACAAACUGGACAAAAAUAUAAGUAUUUUUUUGCUGUCUGAUCUGAAAGGUUUUGGGCUUGUGCGAUUGGUGUUUUUAUCCUUUUUCCAUCAUUGGGUAGUCAAAUGAAACAGGGAUUUGUGUCAGCAAAUGAGACAUUCAAAGAAAUCCUUUUUUUGUUUUGUUUACACUUCACUCUUUUCAUUAAAAAGAAGGACAUUUUUACACAAAGCUGAACUUUGAGAUUAUGUCUGUGAACUGUGGCGCGACCUUUGACCCUUGGGGCUAAGGCGGAAUCAGCGAUAGGCAGCUUUAAAGUGUUUUUGAUUAUGUCCAGACCUGCCCAAGUUCAAGUGUUAGUAGCUGUUAAAUCUUCCAGAGGUAUAUAUACACAAGUGUCUCAUUGAACCUUCAUGAUAGCGCUUACCUUGUAUAUACAUUUUGCAUAAUAAUACACAUAUGUUGGUUCUUGUUUUUGUUAACAAAUUCUAUUGACACACUUAAAUAGGUAGUUCACCCAAAGGAAGAUUCAGUCAUCAUUUACUCACCCUCAUGUCAUUCCAAACCUAUAUGACUUUUUUCUUCUGUAAAACACAAGUUACAUAAGAGUGUAGGAAGUCACUCAAGAACUGGAGCUUUCAAGCUUUAAAAGUGAUGCAAAAGCACCAUAAAAGUAUCAUAAGUGUAAAAUAUAAAAUCGAUAUGUUAUAUUCCAAGUCAUCUGGAGUCAUGUGAUAGCUUUGCUGAUAAACAGACCAAAAUAUACAUCAUUAUUCACUAAUAGCUCUCCUUUUGUUGGGCUGUUUACCUGUUUUUCAGUGAGUGAAAACCCGAUCAUUCAGAGUUGAACUGGAUCAUCUGAUUCACUCAAAAGAAUUGUUUGUUCACGAAUCAGAAAAUCUCUAACACUCUCAACAAGGAGAUUAAGGAUGUAUAUCAAGACAUUAUGUGAAUAAUGUCUGAAGUUUGUCCUUCACAUAAAUCUUUUGUAUGAUAUCAGAAGACUUUUUAAAGAGCUCGACAGCCUCGGUCCUCAUUCAUUUUUGUUACACAGAAAAGAGAAUAAAACAACAUUUGGAAUGACAUGAGGGUAAGUAAAUGAUGACAAGUUUCAUUUUUCGGUGAACUUAGAGACUGUAAAGUAUAAAAGGUUUACUUUUAUGUU